GGUUCUCCCUGGCAUUUCUCCAUACAUCUGACACCGCAAUGCUUGCAAGGUCAGAAUCCGCUCACAGUACGUUAGAUUUUGGAUCAGAAACGACACAUUCUCCUCUCCCAUCCGCCGAACAAGAAUCUAGAUGGUAUAGAAGGGAUCCCGGCAACUCAAAGCAGCGCUGGACCUCGCAUCCUUAUGCAAUACACUCUGUAAUACACCAAGGCGAUUCACUUACCAAUGACCUGGACCGGUACGACGAUGCCAAGUUUUGGCCGUUCGUAGGAGCUCUAAAGCCAUGGAAAAGGCCUGACGGCUUAGACCAGUGGAAAUGGGACGAUUUUGAGGACACCGUGGCGUUCUGUGGGCUCAACAAGUUAAUGAUAGGCAAAUGCGCGGACAAUCAACCCUGGAGAGUAAUGUUGGACAUGAGUUUUGAAGAUGAUACUCUCUACACACUCGCUUGGACCUAUCACCCCUUCACCUGCCAUCCUCUUAUUGCCGUUGCAGGUGCGAAUGCCUUGAUCUACAUCAUCGACAUAAUCACAAAGCGAUGUAUCAGGACUCUGAAAGGCCAUGGAGAUGAAAUCCUUUGUCUCGCUUUCGCUCCUCUGAACCCACAUAUUCUGGCCUCGACAUCAAGUGAUCGAUCGAUAAGGAUAUGGAAUAUUCUGGGAUCGGAUGCGCCAUCGCCCCAUCCUGGUGAUCUUCCUUCUGAAAAUUAUCCAAUGGCAGAUGCCGAUGAAGGUAAUGUCAUUGUCGCUGUAUUAGCAGGUGAAGGAAAAGGAGGACAUCGUGCCUACGUCGUCUCAUGUGCUUUUCACCCCACAAAAAGGGCCAUCGCUACCUGCGGCAUGGAUUAUACAGCCAAAAUCUGGCCUUUGCCACCUUUUCCUGACCCGUCACCAGUUCCAAUCCCGACCCCUCUUGGCUAUCGACCGAUAAUUAUGUACUUUCCUCUCUUUUCCACAAGUCGUCUUCAUUAUGGUUUCCUGGACUGGAUCGAAUGGAUUACGGAUGACAUUCUUAUCAUACGUGGUGAUAAGGUGAUGGUGACAUGGCAAUGGCUGAGCUAUUCCCGUUACUUCAGAGAAGACGAGUACGCACCUCUUAGCAUGGAGCCGGCUUCUUACAGUGAUUAUACUGAUUCUGGGUCAUUUAUGGUCGUUAGCCGGGUUAACACAUUGACCGAUAUGUGGUUCCGUCAUCCGCAUCUCCAUCGUGGUUUCCAUCCUACCUCGGCAGAUUUGGCUCGCUUUCCGAACAGUAAUAAUAUAGUCACUGACCCACUCCUCGCUUGCCCGCAUCAGAUGGACCCUAGGGAGAUGAGAAAACACUGGUAUCCCGAGGUUCGUUUGUAUAACUUCUUGAUGGCAAGAGACGGAAGACCCCCUCGGCCGAUAACAGAGUUACGUCCCUACAAGCCCGAGAUCUAUAACAUAUCUGUAGACUUUGAGAAAGAAAACACCGAAGGAUCAAAAAUGCGCAAGAAAUCUUCGACCCAACAGGUGGUCAAGCGCAAAUACAUCACUUUUCCUGACGAGGGAAGCGAGACGAGGUCAGCGGCCGGCUCGGCUCAUAAUUCUUUGCUGGUUCCUUGGAGGCUGAGACCUACCACUUCUCCCUGGCCAACGAAGCGGGAGCCUUGGCUGAGAUCCCAAUACCGCACAGGGAUCUGCAAUGUGGCAAUAAGUCCCAGGGGAGCCAGAUGGAUUGUGGGUGUGGGGGAGGGUGCUAUUUCACAUUGUCAUUCGUCAAGGAUUGAGAUUUUUUUUUUAAAUCAAAGAGUAUGUUAUCGUUUCGUCAACUCAUUUCUCAUUCGCAUUAUGGGACUCCAUUACGCCAUCAGCCAUUUCUUCUUCACGCCCAUUGCAUCUUCGACAUCUUUUCCAUGCGUCAUGCUCUGUGCCGUCCCUUCCCCGGUAAUGCCAGCUAUCACAUGGAUCGGCGUUCCAGGCUGGCUGUUUGCGGAGCUCACACUGGGACUCGGGCUCGUAGGGCCCUUGACAAAAGGAGUUGGCGGUCGACGUUUAUUAGGGGAUGUUUGGGGAGGAAGAACGUCAUCUAUUGCAGAGAGCGAGAAGCUCACAGACUUGCGUUUGUGUCCAAAUCGCUUCGUGAGGCUACCAAUUGAUGACCGUCUAGAGCGCGAGUAGGUUUCCGGUGCAUCUGGAGUUAAGAUAAUGCUGGGAACCACAAAAGGCAUACCAACUCCAGGUACACUCAAAUGGGAGCUUGAGGCGCUAGCUGGUGUGAUAGGCGAAAGGGGGCUAGCUGGCGGAGAAAUCAAAAGAUCGCCAGGUGGGGUGAUAUUGAGCUGAGGCGUCCGAGAGAUGGAAGGGAUUAGGAGUAGGGUGAGAACAAGGAACAAGGUGUCGAUAGAGACUGACCAAGGGUCCAUGGUGAUCUCGAGAAAUAUCUUGAUACGACAGAUACGUAUAAGUUGCUGUCAGGGAUGUUAUACAAGGAAAUACUUGUUAUUUCGCCAAAUAUCUCUUUUCACUAUAAUUCACGAGGUUACAGGCCAUUGAGUCGCCUAAAAGGGAAGCAAAAAGGCAGUGAAAGGAUUAACAAUAAUGACGCGCGAAGGGUAGUACGGAGGGGCCCCUGCAAAGGAUCGAUGUGCACAACAAGUCAGAGAGUUGGGUUUACGAUGGGCUACAGCUUCAGUGGUUGUAGCUAUAGAUGAAAAGGGAUCACUAGAGUGUGCAAUCUUAAUCUAACCCAUAUCACAUACAUUUUAAACAAACGACAGAUCUGUAAUUUUGGUUGUUGAGGAUCAUUCCUUUUUCCUUGUCCUUCACACUUGUCAGAGCCCGAGUACUUGUGCCCGUAAAAAGUCAAAUGUUGUUGGGUGCGUAACUGGGCUUGUAUAGCUGCUAAAAAUCACGCGACAGCUACAUACAGCUAAAUGGCAGGCGCUUAACGAGGGUGAUGGGAAUGAGUCAAGACAGAAGAUGGGGACGAGCGCAAU